AUGGCUAAGAUCAUCAUCAUCGGCGCUGGCAUCUCGGGCCUGAGUACAUACCUGUUUCUGCGCAAACACCUGGUGCUCUACAAUCUCAGUCCUGCUGCCCGAGCAGAAGAACGACAAGAAUAUGAGAUCAAGAUCUAUGAAGCUCACGACAUUCACCAGUCCCACUUCAAUGUCUCUUUGGCGAAUGCUGCCGCAAGCUACAACUCGGACGACGAGUCCACCACGAAUGCACUCUCAGCAAACGGGGUAGAUCCAAUCUUCACUCCGCAAGCGAUCGGAGCCGCAAUCGGCAUCGCGCGUAACGGACUAGACGUUCUUGCUCGCCUGGACGAAACAGAGGACCAGCAGGCGAACAUUCAGGAUCAGCCCUCCUGCAGCUUGAUUGAUGAAAUGGCCGUACAAGGGCAUCCGAUCGAGCGGUGGGAACUCAGCACGGCACGAGGCUUCAGACUCGGCGUGGUCGAGCUCGCACGGCCAGGAAAUACCGCCGCGCGAUCGUCUCUCGAUGACCACAAGCAGUCAAGAGCUGCGGGCACUGCAGGUCGAAAUUCGUGUCCCUACCACGGAAUCAUGAUCGCACGGCAAUCGUGCUGGGAAAUCCUCCGCGACCGCGUCUUGAGGGUAGCUCCCGACGUGAUCAUCCGCAAGAAAGUCGUCGACGUGAUCAUCGGCCAUGAACAAGCACCCAACAUCGUCAAGUUCGAGGACGGCUCCGAGGAAGAAGCCGACCUGGUCAUUGGAGCUGACGGGCUCAGAAGUGUUGUGCGACGGGCAAUGUUUCGCAAGGACGAGGGUGAGGGUGUUCAUGCGACGGCAACCGAUGGAGCGUUGAAUGCUCGUGAGCGGGAGCCGAACGGCCAGAGCAGAGCAGGUUGGCUCCGAACGAUUCUCUCUUACAUCCGCAUCCCGUUCUUCAACUUUGGAGGCCAUGCAAACCAAAAAGACACCGAUACUGACUACAUUUCACCGCACUAUGAGGGUCUAGUCGGCGUUGGGGGCUUUGUGCCUUCAUCUGUGCUGCAAGCCUCCGGCCACAAGCCCGGCAGCAUGACCGUGGUGUUUGGGCCGAACGGGUUCUUUGGGUACGGCUACUUGACCUCCUCAUCCACAUUACUGUCGCCAUCACCGACCUCGUUGUCAAACGAAGGGACAGAUACAGAGACCCCUCCUCAAGCGAUAGAUCUCAACUUGCCAAUCCCUGCCCCAGGACCACUGGCAGGGUGGUGGUCCACAUGUUCCAGCCCAGACCCAUUUCCCUACUCGACUCCUUCGCCCAGAAUCCCAACAUCGUCUGCAGGAAAUAUUCCGGACACAUAUACGAGCACAAGCACAGGCACGAGCGCAGACACCGACAAGGAUAUCGAGCCAAGGACGACCCGCAAAGCCACCGACUUCAACAAGCAACUCGCGCUGACCGCGCUCCUCGACCGACACAGGACCUGGCACAACCCGGCCAUCCAGGCGAUUUUGUCGUUUGUGCAACACGACACGGAACAGCAGCUUCAACAACAACCAGAUCAAGGUCACAUUCGAGAUCGGGAUGCCGAGCACCAAAUCCAAAACAACCACAAUCACAAUCACAAUGGCUUCCUGACCGGAAAGGCUCUGGACGCAGCAUAUCCGACAUGGACGACGCCCGAGCUGCCGUACUGGUCUCUGCGCGGCCGGGCGGUGCUGGUCGGCGACGCCGCGCACGCGCUGCAGCCGUCGAGCGGGCAAGGGGCGAGCCAGGCGCUCGAGGACGCCGAGGCGCUGGCGCUGUCAUUGCGGGAGUAUUAUCUGGGCGAUUCUACCACUACCACUACCACCUCCUCUCCUUCUCGCUGUCCUUCUCCUCCAGUUUCCCUUUCUCCUUCUGGCUCUCCUUCGACCUCUCUCGCAACCGCCCUGCGCGCCUUCGAAACCAGCCGCAUGCCGCACGUGCACGCCGUCCGCGCCCGCGCCCAGCGCACCUCGCGCAUGAAAGCCGACAUGGGCGUGCUAGUCGAGUGGGCCAUGUACGCCGCCAUCUAUCUGGGGUUGUUGUUUCGCAGCAACGAAUAG